AUGCACUUCCUUCAAACGUUGACGGCCUCGUUGCUGCUCACUGGCAGCUCACUAUGUGCCGGAGCUACUGGGACGGGCCACAAGGGUUCGCAUGAAGCAAUUGCUCCCAAGGUGUUCAUUGUGUCAAUGUUCGCACCUGAAGCCGAAGCUUGGUGGAACAUUCCGGAAUUCGACUUGCUUGCCCAUAAUAUCACCAUUCCAGGUCUCUCGCCUCUGUUCCCGGACGUUCACUGCACUGAGGACUACGAGGUUUGCCAGCUCAUCACCGGAGAAGGCGAGAUUAAUGCUGCUGCCACUGUCACCUCCGUUGCUUUCUCCCCUCUGUUCGACCUCACGCAGACUUACUUCUUUGUCGCGGGCAUUGCCGGCAUCAACCCUAAGAAAGCUAGCACUGGAUCCGCGACCUUUGCCCGGUACGCAGUCCAGGUUGCACUGCAGUACGAAAUUGAUAUCCGCGAGCUACCCAGCAACUAUUCCACGGGAUAUGUCGCGCAAGGCACCAAUUUCCCAGGCCAGUACCCGACCAGCAUCUACGGCACAGAGGUCUUCGAGGUGAACGCCGAGCUGCGCACAAUUGCCGCCAAUUUUGCCCGCAAGGCAAACCUCUCCGACUCCACCAUAGCACAGGCCUACCGCGCCCGCUACAAGACCCCCAGUGGGAAGUACAAGGCUGCUACCUUGCCUCCUAGUGUUAUUGAAUGUGACGUCGCAACAACCGACGUGUACUUCAGCGGUAAUAUCCUCGGCUCGGUGUUUGAAAAUACCACCAAGGUGUUGACAAAUGGAACGGGCGAAUAUUGCGCAAGUGCACAGGAGGAUAACGCUACUUUCGAAGUCUUGCUCCGAUCUUCGAUCUACAAGCUGACUGAUUUCUCCCGCAUUAUCGUCAUGCGCACUGCGUCAGACUUUGAUCGCCCCUAUCCCGGUGCUUCGGCGACUUACAAUCUCUUCCAAUCCUCUGAGCAGGGUGCUUUCGAGCCUGCUAUUAAGAAUCUCUAUGUUGCUGGUAUCAAGGUCGUUGAGGGUAUUCUGGACGGCUGGGAUGAAACUUUUGCUGCUGGUAUCGAGGCCAGCAACUACAUCGGUGAUAUCUUUGGUUCACUGGGCGGUGUUCCAGACUUUGGCCCUGGACGCAAGCAGGCUCUUAUCGGUGGCGGCGCUUACAAACGCAACGUUUAG